GACGAGCAUUGCAGUCGUGAUCAUGGAGCCGAUAGGUUGUCUGUCCGUUUGUUUGCUAGUUUGUGUGACCGUCGCCUAUGGGGUUUUAGGAGCGAACGAAGGCCAUGGGUCCCUGUGCCGAGCCAACGAGCGGUUCCUAUCGUGCGGCGGCUGUCAGAAGAGCUGCCGGGAUCCGGCGCCCGACUGCGCAGGAGUCUGCCGCGCUGGCUGCUUCUGUAAUGACGGCGAGGUGCGCAACGAUACCGGACACUGCGUGCAGCUGCACGAAUGCCCGCCUGUUGCUCCAUCAUCUCUGCUAUCAACGGAACCCCGCGUAUCCGGGAGCGAGUGCCCAGCUGACGAGGAGUACCGGUCCUGCGAACCCUGUAACCGCACGUGCGAUAACCCGAACCCCAUCUGUCCCGCCCAGUGCGCACGCGGCUGCUUCUGUCGCGAUGAUCUAGUGAGGGACAAAGAUGGCCGCUGUGUCAAGAUCGAGAACUGCUCGCAUGUCAAGAGGAAUGACAGUUCCAACAAAACGCCUCAAUACCAGUUGACCUGCGGGCCUCAUCAGGUCUACAGCAGCUGUCGAUCAUGUGAGAAGACAUGCAGCUCACCCAUCCCGGAGUGCAGCCAACCCUGCAGCGCUGGCUGCUUCUGUGAAGAUGGAUACCUUAAGGCUCCCAGCGGAAAGUGCGUCAAAUUAGAAGAGUGUCCAAGAGCUGAAGUAUCUCUGGGAGGGGCGCAAGAGCCGUCGAUAGAAGACUGCUCGUCUGACGAGAUCUACCUGUCGUGUGGGUGGUGCGAGCCUAGCUGCUGGGAGCCGCGCCCACAGUGCCCUAGAGGGGUGUGUACUAGGGGCUGCCUCUGCCGCCCGCCACUCCUGCGCCACCACAGCGGCCACUGUGUCCAGCAGAAAGACUGUAGACCUCACAAAUGCCAGGAUCCGGAUGAAGAGUUUGUCUGCCGCUACGGGUGUGAGGCUCGCUGCGACACCCUGAAGUGCCGCUCGCGCCCACGACGGUGCGUGCUGGGGUGCCAUUGCCGGCUCGGUCUACUCAGAGACGUCAACGGAAAAUGCGUAGCACCUAACAACUGCCAAGACCCCGCCAAUACCACCACGAUUGAUACUAAUACCGCUAAUAACGCUUCGGAAAUAACCGAAGCCCCUGCUAUAAUAAUUGAACGGAAAAGUAGCGUAGUCGAAGUUCCUAUUGUCUCCCAAUCUGUAUUUGAUGCCGUAGAUACUGAACCUCAAACUAGAAGUUAUAACGAUGUUGUUUCCCGAGUUGUAAAGCUAUAUAAAGAAUUGAUUGACACGCCUAAUCCUUACAGAGAGGUAUAUUACAUUCCCAGGUCUUUCAAAGAUCUAGCCAUUUCUAAAGGUUAUGGCGAUGAGAAUUUCUCCUUAAAAGCUAGUGAGGCGAGUCCAUUCUUUACCCAAGAAACGAAGUAUAAAGAUGUAAAUGAAAAGAGUUAUAAUUAUGUGAAUGAUAUUGUAAGGCUUAUGAAGGAUAUGAUGCCUUCGCCUCUUAAUUUCACACUUGUUCAAAUGCCUCUCGGCCAUAAUUGGCCUCAGCCAAAUUAGUUACUGAAUAAUAGCCAAAAAGUUAUUGUUGGUAUAUCUUGUGAUAGAGAUUAUUUACUAUGUUAAUGUUUAUUUUGUGAAGAAUAGUUUUCUAU